UCAAAAUGAGAAGCUUUGGGAAGUUGGGGCAAUGGCCUCUACUUGCAUUUACUUUGGCCAUUUGCAUAGUAGCCAGCAAUGUUGUUGCUGAUUACUCUUAUGGCCACACUUCUCCAUCUCCUUCUAAGUACUACAAGUCGCCUUAUCCAUCAAAGCAUCAUGUAUCUACUCCUUACUACAAGAAACCAACAAAACCAGUUGAACAUUAUCCAUCGCACUUCUACAAGUCACAUUCGCCAUCAAAGUACCAUAGCCAUUUAACAGUCACUUAUAAACAUUCUCCAUCACACUAUUACAAGUCGCCUUCGCCAUUGAAGUACAAGUCACUUCUACCUUUGAAGCAUGGUUAUCACAAAUCACCAAAACCAACAAAAUAUUACAAAUCGCCUAGUCCUUCAAAGCACAACUACAAAUCCCCAAAAUAUUAUAAGUCACCUGCUCCAUCAAAAUACAACAAGCCGAAGCCACCAACAAAAUAUUAUCAGUCACCAGUUUACUACAAGUCUCCACCACCUCCACCACCAAAAUACGUUAAGAAAUCACCAACUUACUAUAAGUCACCACCUCCACCAAAGUACGUCCAAAAAUCACCAACUUACUAUAAGUCACCUCCUCCACCAUACUACAAACCAUCUCCAUCUUACUAUAAAUCUUCUCCACCUCCACCAAAGUACGUUCAAAAAUCACCAACUUACUAUAAGUCACCUCCAGCACCAUACUACAAACUAUCUCCAUCUUACAAAUCUCCUCCACCUCCACCAAAGUACAUGUAGAAAUCACCAACUUCCUAUAAGUCACCUCCACCGCCGUACUACAAACCAUCUCCAUCUUACAAAUCUCCUCCACCUCCCCCAAAAUACGUCGAGAAAUCACCAACUUACUAUAAAUCACCUCCUCCACCAUACUACAAAUCAUC